AUGGCUGGGAAGCAGAUUGCCGCCGCAUUGGAAGUCCUCAUCAACACGAUGGGUUUCACCGGCAGCCGCCAACGGCAGCCAAGGCACAAGGGAACGCAGCGGAACGGGACGAUGCUCCAGUGCUACAACUGCCAGCAGCUGGGGCACACCGCGCGCGGGUGUAAGAACACCGUCGCGUGCUUGAAGUGCGCGGCGGCUCACGACACCCGCAGCUGCACGAAACCUCGUGGGGUGGCCUGCAGCUGCGUGAACUGCGGCGGGCCACACGCCGCCAACUCGCGUAGCUGCGGCUACCUCCGCGAGUCACGCCGUCUGCUCGCCGCACCACGUCCUGCGGUGACGUCCAGCGCCUCGACGGCCGCCCCGCCGCCCGCUACGGCGAGGGGUGCGAGCCGCGCCGACGCGAGGGCCGCACUGAAGCAGGAGCUCGCAGCAGUCCAUCGCCAGCUCCAACAGCUGCGCGAUGAGCUGCGGGCCAUCAAGAAGAAGCCGCCAGUUCCCGCCGCCGCCCCCGCUGUGAGUCGUCCGGUGGGGGUCGACGCGGCCACGCAAACAACCGCCGCUCCGCCCCCUGCAGCAAUGCAGGACGUGGCCCCUAUGGAAACCGACGAUGUGAAGCCACAGUCGUCACACUCCGCCAAGGCAGCUGCAAGCAAGGGUGCUGUGGCAGCGACCGACUCCUCCCAUGCCGAGAAGUCUACCGCCAAGAAGUCACAGCUACGGAAAAUGAAAGUACCAGAUUCGCACGAGCUGCAGCCGUUCCUUAAGAACAUUGCGGCGUCGAUACAGGACGGGUCAUACCCAUUCGAGCAACCGUACCCCCUCACCCCAGCAGGUGCUAGCCCGCCCCCCCCUCCCCCAUCGCCCCCGCCGCUUUAG